AUGCAGCGGCCGAAGCUGGACACCAACUUCUGCCUCACAAGGUGCAAGCCCAUUUGGCUGCCCAUCAAAGCUCACCGCUUCGCCGCCUACCGCGCCAAGGUGUUGCAGCUUCUGCCGCAGCGGGUGCUGCAGCAGUACAUCGACUUUGAGAAGCAGGGCCAGUACUCGGCCUGCAUCAAGCUCCUGGAGUCUGCCACCCCCGGGAGCCUCAACGUGCUGAGCCCGGCGACCAUGGUCAGUGGCAAGCCCUUGCUGGUGGAAACUGUCCUGCAGCUGAUCGUUGGCUACAGCGGCCUUUGCCUGAAGAACCAGCAGGGCAGCGUGGCCGUGAAGCUCAUCACGCAGGUGUUGGACAACAUGUCCCUGUCACUGCGGGAUCUCCAUCCUGGACACCGCACGGUGCUGGAGGCAGAGACUUUUGACACCGCUCUCAGCGUGUGCUACUACAUGCCCAAUGACGUGACUCUGGCAGACCGCUCCCAGUCCUUCUUCCAACAGGCGUCCGAGCGGUACCUGCGCUUGGGGCACAUCAACAGAUACUGCAAGUGCUGCUUGCGCGCGGCUGCAGUGCUGCACUUGCAGGGCAGCAAGUCUGAAGCCGAGUACUACACGCAGCAGGCUCUCAACAAGCUGAGCGACGCGCCAGUGUCUUCUCUCUUGGCCGUUUGUUACCACAACCUCGCGGUCCAUACCGUGGUCCAGCAUCGCAUCGCAGACUCGGUGGCCCACGUCAGGAUGAUGUUCUCGACGUUGAAGAACCAGAAUGACAACUCAUUGGUGUUGGUUUACCCCAGAUUUGCCACCAUUGGCCUCGGCGUGUACGGCGUGCGGGGCGCCGUGCUUUUGCCCCACCUGAGAUUUGGCCUUGGGCUGCCAAGCCUGCCGGACCUUGUGACGCAUGGGCUGGGGCCCAUCCGACUGCAUGCCUCUGCCUGCUUCGAUCCGGCGACUGAUCAGCAGGAGAGCUGCUGCGCGGGAACGUCUGCUGCCUGCUUUGCGGAGCCCUUCACUUGGGAGCGCUGCUGCUGGGAGGACCUUGGAGGAUUGGAGGUGGUGUCAGACAACUUCACAACUGCUGAGGACCUUCAGCUCUUGGCCAAAGAGUUGACACCAAGCGCUGCCUUCCAGCUGCCGGAGCCGCAGCUGGCGCGGCUGCUGGUGGCGGCCCCCCAGCAGGUGCGGGUGCUGCGACGCUCGCGCCACGGGUGCCUGGAGCUGGGGUCCAGCACGCUGCUGGGGUGGCUGAAGGCCACCAAGAGCUGUGGAACUCCGUUGAGGCUGUCCUGCCUGUCUCCGCCGCCUGGGGUGCCUUUGGCGUGUCGGAAACUACUGGGGCUGUCGCUGCAAGAUGCCUUCGCCAAUCUCCUGGCACUGGCAACGGCCGUGGUGCCGAAAGACGCAGCCUCCUUGCGGCUGCUGGCGGCGGUGCUCCAGCAGCAGAAUACCCACCUUUGGCAGCUCGCCGCGCGGGCGAAUGCGCCCGGGCGGCCGAUCCCCAUGCCGCAGGUGCGCUUUGCCGCAGGCGCGUGGGCAACCAACGGUGAAGAGGGCGAGAAGCGGUACCACACCAUCGCACGAGUGCUUCAGUCCUAUUGCUUGCACUGCCGAGAAGGGGCGGUUUACGCGGAGCUGGGCGUUUGGGAGGGCGAUACGCCGCACCACUUGGCCCAAGUGGCCUUGCCCUACCUCGCGGAGAUUCACCUCGUGGAGCCCAACGAGAGGAUCCUGCAACUUGCAGGGGCGCGCUUGCUGUCCCAAGCGCCCGGCUGGAGCAGCUGCCAGAUGACCGCCGCGCCCAACGCGGCGAGAGCCAGGAGCCGGGCCAUCAAAGCGCCGGCCCUGGGCCUUUUCGCUUGCACCUCUCCGGACGCCUUCGGCGCGGGGCGCAUCUUCCUCCACCCGUGCAACGCCACCGCGGCGGCGCGGCUCUUCGCGCGCCGAGCGCUGGACGUGGUCUUCGUGGACUCCAUGGGGCGCUUCAAGGAGCUGCUGGCAGACUUAGAGCUCUACUGGGCAGCGCUGCGGAAGGGCGGAGUGCUUCUGGGCCACGACUUCUACCACGUCUACAGCGGCCUACAGCCCUUCAACGACGUGGUGGGGGCUGCCAUGACCUUUGCAGUGCGCAAGGAGCGGCAGCUUUUUCUGACCGGAGAUCAGACCUUUUGGAUCGUCAAGUAG